GUUCUGUGGGAGCGACUAAUAUGAACGAGCACAGCUCUCGUUCCCAUGCUAUCUUCACCAUAACUAUCGAGUGCAGUGAGAAAGGUGUAGAUGGAGAUCAACAUGUGCGCAUGGGAAAGCUUCACUUGGUCGAUCUUGCGGGCUCUGAAAGACAAGGAAAAACGGGCGCCACAGGUCAACGUCUUAAAGAGGCCACAAAAAUCAACCUGUCCCUGUCCACGCUGGGAAAUGUUAUCUCUGCACUAGUGGAUGGGAAAAGCACCCACGUGCCCUACAGGAACUCAAAACUCACCCGCCUCUUGCAGGACUCUCUAGGAGGAAACUCCAAAACCAUGAUG